CUGACAGAACUAUAAGCAUAAAAAUUUAUCAGCAAACGAGUCGGCGUUGCGUCCCAAACUAGUUUAUUUCUAGAUAAUAAGGAAUAUUAGUUGCAAUUAAUGUUAAAACAAAUGUCGAAAUUUAUUACUGAAGACGAUGUUCCGGUUGGAUACUCGUCGGAGCAGGAUGAUGACUACGAUGAGUACGAAAAAGAUGUCCCUGAAAUCGAAGAUCCGGCUGAAAUUUACAUCGGCAACACCGGCAAGGUUUCUGCAAGCAAGUUCUUCAAUUUGUUCAAAAUGUACGGUUUCAUCACGAACAUGUUCAUUUGGCGCACCCACAACCACUUGUAUCACGCUCGGAUCACCUACAAGCGAGGACCCGCUGCUCAAAAAGCAGUCACAGAACAAAAUGGAAAGUUUUAUAAUGGGAAGCGAUUGCGAGUGACGCUCGUGAAGGAUAAAGUUCCACUGAGUUAUCCAGCAGCAAUUCGUAUCGAUGAUCUUUGUGCAGGAUGCACAGAAGAGGAUAUCUACGAGCACUUUGCACCAUGUGGAGAGAUUCGGUUUGUUGUAAAAAUUGGAUUUUCUGCGUAUAUUCAAUUUAACUCCACUCAGUCGGCCACCAAUGCGUUGUCGCUCGAAAUGAUUCUCAACGGAGAUCCUUAUACCAUUACUAGAAUUUUUAGUGAUGAUCGAGUGGAUCAUGAAAAAUCGAUUGAAAAUAUGAAGCAGAUCAAGCAUCGCAAACCAUUUGUGAUGGUGGAAAACUUUCCCCGAUACGAACAGGAAGUACCGCUGAAUCGAUACAAGAGUUGCUUUGAAACGGUAGGACUUGUUCAACAUUUCAAAAUCGCUCCGACCUCGAACGGAACGGUUACACUGGCAUUGGCGAUGGCCAAAGCCGAUGAACGAGAUAUGGUGAUUGGUAAAUUUAACAAUACGAUCCAAGAUAACAAAGUGCUAAAACUUUACAUGGUACCGGGUAGGGCAGUUAUGACUAUCCAUCAUGCCGCAACGUUCGCGUCUGCUAAGUCAUCGGUUGUGGUUUCUGGUAUCCCUCCUUAUUACAAAGACUACGACGUUUGUAUGUUGUUCAAAAAAUGCGGAGAAAUCAAUUUUUUGGAAUGCUUCGACGGCAUAUGGUUGAUAGCCUUCGAAAAUCAGUCUGCGGUUUCAUUGGCGCAUUUUUUCCACUUCUCGAUUAACAAACAACGACUAGUAAUUCGAAACCUUACACCAGACACUCUGCCAGGAAAAACGUUGGUCAAAUUGCACGAUUAUGAAGAACCUAAAGACAAGAAAGAGCCGGUUGCGAAAGUUCCACCACGUCCAAACCGUGCGGAUGAUUUUUUGCUCAAAGCGAUGCAAUCAAUGGAUCAGCAAAUAAAAAGGAACAACAGUAUACUACAGCAGCAGGCAAGCGCAACCGCUGACACAUCCGUAGCGACAAAGCCCAAAAUUACAGAGAGGCCAAAUAAUAUCGUCAUUAAAACGGUACCGAUAGAAACGCUGAAACGGCCUGCUGAACCGGUAACAAAGAUUAAUACUUCGAUCGGACGGGCUAAGGCUGACGCUAGUAAUACUUCCGCUGCAGAAGCAUCCGAUGAUGACGAUAAUACCGCGGAACGCAAAAAUUUCUCUACUAAUAGCAAUAUCUACAUCGGAAACCUCGCGAAAGGACUAGACGAAAAAGAUAUAUGCGAGUUAUUCAAAAACAAAAAACUCCAGAAUGUGACCGUAUAUUGCAGCAAAGAUUCGUACCACCCCACGGCUGUAAGCUACGUAGAAUUCGUCAAUCGGUCUGACAUCGCAUCGGUCAUUCAACAUAAUCAUGACCGCUAUCGAGGCAAACGUGUCAUGAUCGUGCGUGGACGUAGGACGAACCCCUUCUUCGCUAAGGACAAAAGCUUCAUGGUGAAAAACUUGACAUCAGGUAUCACCGAAGAAGGUUUAUUGAAUGAAAUCGAAAAAGUGUUAGGUCCAGAUACAGUCGGAGAUGUAAUCAGACCAGCAUAUCACUACGCAUACGUCAGUCUGGAGCAGCAUGUUGUAACAAGUAAUGCCAUCGAUCAACUACGGGAAGCUUUCACGCGUUUUAAAAUCGAUGUGUACCAAUUGUAUACCAGUAUACCAAAGCAGAUGAUAUAUUUUUCAAUUAAUCCGCAGACAGCGGAAUCAAUGCGAAAACUUGAGGGUCUGAAAAACCCAUCCGAGAUGGAAAACAGCGACAAAAACUUUGGCGUACAUAACGCCCAUAAAGUAUUCGUUGGUAACAUUCCGCGUGAUACGUCGGCUGAAGAUGUUAUCGACUAUUUCAGCAACUAUGGCAAUGUUAUUGACUACAGCCCCAUUGAGAAGAAAAGCUGCUAUUUGCGCAAAUCGGCAAUCAUCAGUUUUUUGAAUUCAAAACACGCUCAAAAUGUGCACUGUCGCAGCAAUCACUACUUCGAAGGCAGUAAACUAAAAAUACAUUCAAUGGAAUACCCUCCAUAUCAGUACAGACCCGAAACGCAAAUAGUGACUGUCAAAUCACAUAGUCCAUUUCUGACUUGCGACGAAGUGCAGCACGCACUCAGCCCACAUUUGAGAGGAAUGCGCAUUAUGCGUUUCGAUGCGUACGACGAUCGUGCAAACUUCAUAGUAAAGCACAUUGGUGGGAAGGGAUCUACACUCGAGAAAGUGUUCGCUUAUCAAUAUAUCAACGAUGAGGCAAUUCUAGUUAUAGAUGGAUUAGAUCUGACCCCACCUAAAGUGGACGAGGCACGGGAAAGUAAACAAAUUUCCAAUUCUUUGAACCGACAACAGAAGGAAAAAUAUCUCAGCUAUGUAGUAUACAAAGAAAAUGUUAAAGAGGAUAUGGAAAUCAGAACGAAGCCGAGCAGUGAGCAGGACAUUCCAUUUAAGAUGUUUUACAAUGACAAUGCAAUACAAAUCAACAACGUUUCACUGGAUACAACGUUGGAGAACAUUCGCGAUUUAUUCCUCAAAUGUGGAAAUAUAUCCGACUAUCAGGCGCUGAUCCUCGAAGAAGACAACAGCAAAAUUUGUUAUGUAAAAUUUGAAACGGAUCUUGCGGCUGAUUUGGCAUGCACGUACAAUCAACGUCUGCUAAACGGGAGCCGGAUUCUAAUACAUUUGGCGAAGGAAACCGUGCACGUAGAAAAGGAUCGAACGAUUUUCGUUGAACAGCUCAAUCCGCAAACUACUGCCGAACAAAUAUAUUACGCCUUCAGUCGAUUUGGAAUGAUCAAGUUUGUUCACAAGCAGUCUCCCUUUACGGCCAUCGUGUGUUUCAAAGACCGGGAUAGCAUGGAGGAUGCUAUCAAUGCACAACAGAAGGGCAGCUCCGUAAGAUUCGUUAUCAGCCAGUGUUAUAAAGAUUACGAUUCUCGAUUCUUCAACAAUUUCACGACCCAAGAAGAAUUUAUUUCCAUAGAAGAAAUAAGAACCACACUGAAACCUCGCGUACGGCCGGAAUAUCAUCAAUCUAACCUGGAACGGCAGGUGUUCGAAGUACUGCCAGAAAAAGUUAAAUCAGUGCUCAUUAAUGAGAUUUUCCUGGCGCGGAACACCAUCCCCAAUUUUAGCAACCUCACUAAACCGGAACAGAUCGUGGCACUCAAAACAGAAUAUGAAAAGUUUACACAGAAAGAAUAUUUUGUGGGCUUAAAUGUAAAGGAACAAGAAAAGCUACUGGACAUAACGAAAAAUCUUCAGAAAGAAUACCCAUACGAGGAAGUAAAAAAUAUGGACAUCCUGGAACCGAUCGCGAAACAACCUCGAAACGAUCAGCCCAAGAACAAUCAACCAGACAAAAAAUUCGCAGCCAAUUGGUACUCCGAACCAUCGCAAGCAGACAAAAUAAUCCAAAAUCCACCAACUGCGCCUCUGAACGCACAUCAUGUGGCACAAGCACUUCCAUCCACCGGAUUGCUGAGUUACGGUGGACCUCUCAGCCCAGCUAAUCCGAUUCCUCCCGUGCUCGGUUCUACUAUAAACACUAGAAACACCGCCGUUCUACCGCUGAUUCUUCGAAUCCAACAGGCUAGUUCGAGAGUAUUGAAUUUUAAGUGUGGCCGACCCACCUCCACUUUCGUUCCCGAAUUCCUGUCGCUAUCUGCUUCUGAUGACAUCGACGAUGGAGCUCAGCAUUAG